AUGUCAACCAUUGGAAAAGAUUGCAAACAUUCAUCGAUCUACAUGAGCGUGAUAGGAAGAGGAGAAAACUUUAUAACAUACAGAGCAGAAAGUAAGCCUGGUAACAAAAAGCUUGCUGAGAUGCUUAAGUGGGCCGUCGAAGAUUGGAGUGACACUGUCGAAAGUCCUCUGAGCGCGGACGUCAUGUACACAGAUACGUCUAUGGAACCUUUUGCUAAUAUGAUUUAUAAUAAGACGUUGAAAUUCGGGUGCUCUUACCAAUUCUGUGAGGCCAACGGCAAAGUUGCUAUCGCGUGUGUAUACGAGAACAAGCCGCAGCUGAAUGAGCCACUGUAUUCGGCAGACUCGACGGGCAAGAAAGGAUGCACUAAGAACAGUCCAUGUAACAAAGUAAUCAAAGGCGCUGUUUGUGAAACAGCUAAUGACACCGUUGGCCCUCUUUGCCAGAAAGAACCUUCCACCACAACAGCCGCUCCAACAACAACAACAACGGAAGAAUCAAUUAUUAUCUGGACUUGGACACCAUACUACUAA